AUGAAAUCCUUCUCUACUCCCGUUGUCAUGUUGUUCAUCUGUAUCUUUGCGCUUCUCCAAGUUUGGGCUGCACCUGUUAAAGAGGAUUCUGUCAAUGCUGCUGAAAAUCCCAUCUCUGCUCAAGAGAACAAUCGUGUCUUGGCUACUCGUGAUGUUGUACCUGUUCGUGCUUUUCAUUGGAUUCCGUACUAUCCACCUUUCUAUCAAUAUCCUCCUCCACCUGUUUUCCCUCCUUAUCCUCCCCCACCCGUUUACCCACCUUAUGCUGCCUAA